CGAACGUCAACAUGGCAACCCCGACGACUUCAUCCCCACAGCCGAAUGCCGCGUUCACCGACGAUGCCGCCACGAUCAUCACGAUUGAAAUGGUGACAGCCCUUAUGAAUGCCAAAGCGCAGCCGCCUGGCGCUCUUGGCCACGUGCAGCAAGUUGCGAUUCAGCUGUGUGUGCUGCAGCAAUCCCUCACGCCGACCGUCCAUGCCCCAGUAUGUCUUGUGUUCGCAGGUGACCACGGCAUCACAAAGCGAGGUCCUGCUGAUGGACCAUCGGCCUUCCCCCGCGAAGUGACGGAGCUCAUGUACAAGACCGUGUGCCAGGGCCGCGCGGCGGUCACGGUGAUGGCGACUGCGUUGAAUAUUCCUGUCGCUUGCAUUGACGUGGGCAUCGACAGCGAUCGCGCGAGCUCCACCCGCGUCGCCCGCGGCACCCUCGACAUGACUGCUGGCCCAGCCAUGUCGUUGGAGCUGUGCCAAGCCGCCCUCCAAGUCGGCCGCCGCACCGCCAGUCGGUACAUUAACGACCUCGGGCACAACGUGAUAUGUGUGGGGGAGCUCGGCAUUGGCAACACCACGUCCGCCAGUGCACUCGUCGCUGCUGUCACGAAUGUCGCCGUGGAAGACGUGUGCGGUCGCGGCACGGGGCUCGACGACGACGGGGUGCUGCGCAAAGUUCGAUUGGUGCAACUAGCGCUGGCUACAAAUGCGCAAACCAUCCAAGACGAUGGCGUUUUGGGUGCGUUGGCGGCUGUCGGGGGCCUCGAAAUCGCCGCCAUGUGUGGAGCCAUGCUGGAAGCCGGACGGCGCCGCGUGCCUGUAAUCGUGGACGGGUUCAUCUCGGGGGCGGCGGCGUUGGUCGCCCUGCGGUUGGAGCCAGACGCGAUGGCCCAUGCCCUGUUUCUAUCCCACCAGAGCGAAGAAAAGGGCGCGUCGAUCCUUCUCCACGCUCUGGGGGGGCUUGGGGCACCGCUGCACAUGAACAUGCGGCUAGGAGAAGGCACGGGGGCCGUCCUCUGUGUGCCGAUCCUGCAGUGUGCCGCAAAGUUGGUUCAAGAUAUGGCGUCGUUGCAGGGAGUCAUUGAAGGCACAGUGGGCGUGAACCCAGCCAGUGACGUUGCUACGUCGUAGGAGCGAAUCCAUUGUAUAACCUUUAUACAACCUAAGUAAGGUUCAUAGUAUUUUCCGUGGGCA